CUGGCGUCUACUGAGACCAGAGAGAUAAGGAGGAUAUACCGCCGAUGUCAUUGUUUGAAAUUCAAAAAGAUGCGUUUGUGGCUGACCUGAAACGUUUCCGGUCUUCUCACCGUCAUUUGAUUGUGGACGAUACGACGUACCCUAUUAUUGAGAAGUUGUUCAGUGACGAUGUGCUCAAUUAUGUGUAUACGUGCAAGAAGAUUGAUGGCGAACGGUCGAAGAAUAGGGACUCGGCUUUAUAUUUGCUAGAUCCCACAAGAAACCACUCGAUUAACUGUUUGGCUGCUGACUUCUCCAAGGGACAACGAUACAGAGAUGCCGUUGUGAUGCUUUUACCGGGCCCAUGGAAUCUGUUUUGGGACGAUCUAUUGCGGAAUGAGUAUUUUAGCAACUCAUUAUUGAUACAAAAAACACCACACGUUGCGGAAUACUUGAGUUUUGUGCCGUUGGAGCCACGUAUGUUUGUCACCGGCAACUAUCACUCCAUUCCUGCAUAUUUUAAUCCCGCAAAGCAGGGAAAGAAUUUGUAUCACUACCAGAUGGACAUGGCAAUUAACUCGAUGCUUGGUGUUUGUAUCUUGACCAAUGAAUACCCAACAAUCAGAUAUUAUAAUUCUCAAAUUUCAAAAGAACUGGCGUUAGCAUUCCAACAAAAACUAGAUGAAUACUACAGAGAGCAUCCUGAUAUUAUACCAAUGAACAACAAGACUGUAUUUCUCAUUACUGAUCGUAUGAUGGAUAUGUUUGGGCCUGUUUGCCAUUACCCCUUCUACAGGUCUCAGAUUUUUGAUUUAAUGGAUGAUGUUGAGAUAGAAAGAGAUGUAGAUCCUAGCGCAAAGUAUCAAUAUGUAGUCCAAACCGGAGAAGGUAACGUGAAGAAGACGUUGAAAUUCAACAACGAAGACCCAGUCUACCUUGAGUUAAAAGAUUUGACAAUGGAGCAAGCAACAGAACAUAUCAGACAACUGUAUUCAAAUUUAAGGGCAGAGGAUGCCAAGUUUUCAGGCAAAAAUCUACAGACCGCUGAUGGAUUGAGGCAUGCGUUGGUGAAUAAAGACGUUCACGCAGAAAGAAAGGCUCUCAUCACCGGCCAUUACAUGCUCUGUGAAAAUAUGUGGCAAAUGUUGAAGAAAGAACAUAUGGGUGACAUUCUCACGUUUGAGAAUUUGUGUGCUGCAGGGUUAGGCCCCGUGGACAGGAUAAAGGUACCUGUAACAGACGGAUUACUCCGCUUGCUGAGCAAUGACGGUAUUAACGUUUACAACAAAAUUAGAUUAUUGAUUUCUUAUGCUAUAUACAGACAUGGCAUAUUGAGAAGUGACUUAAAGAAGCUCUUGAUGUUUUGCAUGCCAGAAAAGACUGAAAACGCAAUGAGGCUUUUUGAGAAUUUGCAGUCUUUAGGCGUGUAUGUCCUUAAAGCAGACUUGACUCACCCUUUGCAUAAGAAAUACACCUAUUUUGGGAUCAAGGACACAGACAACCAGAUGCAAAUCUACGUUCCGACGUUCAGCAAUCUCAUUUCAAGAUUAGUCUACGGGAAGCUUCCAGAACACUACAAUACGAUGAUGCAGGACACUACAGGUUACAUUGACGAAGACGACGAGACAUUGAAGUCGUUUCCAUUUGUUAAGGCCGGACCUACUCCAACAGAGAUGGACGGCAUGUCCACUGUGCGAAACCAACCCAAGUGGAAAAGCACUAAGAAUAGCAACGAUGCCUCACGUCAGAAACUUAUCAUCUUUUGUGCUGGUGGGUUGACGCCGUCGGAACUCAGUACGAUAACCUCUCUCGAAAAUGACCUCAACCGCAACAUCAUCAUCGGGACAGAUGAGGUGUAUUCCGUGUGGGACAUGCUUGGCGACAUCAACUUAAUAAACGAUGACGACUUUGAUUUCCCGCUCAAGAAGAAACUUGAGAAGAAGGCUGUUCCGGAAUGGCUGGUCGAGGACUCGCAGGAUCCUGCCGUUCGUGCUGCCGCACAAGCCAAAAAGACUGCUGCUGCAAACGCCAAUCUGCCUCAGCGUAAUGGGGGAGCAAGCCAAUCUGCACCACUCCCUUCGAACUCCGAGCCUCAGUCGCCAUCGAAACACCACCACAAGAUCAGUUUCGGAUUGCACGGCCGCAAGAAGAGUGGUGCCGAUGCUCUUUCUAGUGCCGACACCGUCGCCGAUGACGCCAGCAUCGGCGAAAAGAAGAAGAUGAGAGGCAUGAUGAAAAAGUUCAAAAAGUUUAACAUCUAGCCCCUCUCUUGCUAUGUACCUCUAUAAACUUCGAUUUCGAUUUCCAUUUCCACUAACCAUGUACUUCUAUUUUCAAUGUCUCUAUUAGCAAGCCUCGAAC